AUGGCGCUGUUCUACGUUCUCGAGCAGAGCUUCAUGCAGUAUAACGGAUCUAUUAGCAAGAUCAACAGUCUUUUUCAAAAGAUUAUCUUGACUGUGGUUGGCGUCGGUCUUCUUGCUGCCUUGAGUCAUGGUCAAAGUCACGGCGGAGGACACGGUGGAGGCUUCGGAGGUGGCCACGGAGGAGGGCUGAGUGGCGGCUUUGGAGGUGGACACGGAGGAGCGCUUAGUGGUGGCUUUGGAGGUGGAGACGGCGGAAGUUAUUCAGGGGGACAAGGAAUAGGUCACUUCGCUGACUUUGGAGGUGGACACGGCGGUGGAUUUGGAGGUGGACACGGCGGGGGCUUUGGAGGUGGACACGGCGGUGAUUUUGGAGGUGGACACGGCGGGGGCUUCGGAGGUGGACACGGUGCAGAAUACUCAGGGGGACAAGGAAUAGGCCACUUCGCUGGUCUCGGAGGUGGACAAGGUGGUGGUCACGGUGGUGCUGUCCACGGGGGUGGUAGUCACGGUGGUGCUGUCCUCGGCGGUGCCCACGGGGGUGGUAGUCACGGUGGUGCUGUCCUCGGCGGCGCCCACGGGGGUGGUAGUCACGGUGGUGCUGUCCUCGGCGGCGCCCACGGGGGCGGUAGUCACGGUGGUGCCCACAGUGGUGGUGGUCACGAUGAUGGUCCUGGUGUAGUAACAGUGAUUUAUGGUGCUGGUGGAGAUGGCAAUGAUGGCGGUGCCCACGGUGGCGGUGCCCACGGUGGUGGUGCCCACGGUGGUGGUGCCCACGGUGGCAGUCUCCACAGUGGUGGUGCCCACGGUGGUGCCCACGGUGGCAGUCUCCACGGUGGCGGUGGCCACGGUGGUGGCCAUGGUGGUGGAGGAAAUGGAGUAUAUGGCAAGUAAACAACAUCUUGCUGACGCAAGGAAUGCAAAUUUAAGUGAAUCACUUGCAUCAAAACUAUUGCAUUAUCAGCGAUGCCUUUCGCACGCUGGC